AUGAUUGAUGAAUUUAAAGUCGGUAACGGAUUCGAUUGCGUCAAGCCUUCAUACGAAAGCUCGCGCACCUCGCCAGCCCAACAAAGCCGGGCCAUCACCAUCAGACCAUCAACGAGCAAUCGAUACAACCAAUUCGACCGGCGAAAGCGCUCUUCGCAUAGAAGCCGAGAUGGUACUGAAAGCCUGAAACGGAACGCUGAAAAGUCGCCGGUAAACCGGGCGGUGGCGAAGAAGUACCCGACGAGCGAGAGCGAGACGCACUUCUCGCACACACACACACACACACACAAACCGACCACCCAUACCGCUAGACCAAUCUCGGCGCAGAAUGUCUUAUUUCGAACCGACAAUAUAAUAAAAGACAAUCGCGAGGCAGAAGGAAGAAAUGAGACCGCGAGGAUGAUUGAGCCGUGGAUAUCGCGAACUGCCAGGGGCGAGUCGAAAGAUGGCCGGUCGAAGGAAGAUAAGAAGAAGAAGAGUUAG